AAAUAUUACAACCUAAAUAUUACAAUAUUCAUUCGGAUUGGCUAUAACAAGGCCGACUUGUUACGGAACAAACCGAACACUGAACAUUCAAACAUGUUUAUCAAUAUGGCGUACCGACAUUUGAAUUUAAUCGUUACGUGACGGUAUACUGGAAAAAUUUGUGAAAUAUAUGUGAAAUUUUAUUAUAUUUAAAUUAUAUUAGACAUUAGAAUUUAGAAAAAUAUAUACAGAUUAGAAUUUUAAGCGUUCUUUCAGUAUGGAGAAUUUUGUGAAGAUUGAAAAAAUCGGCGAAGGUACUUAUGGAGUAGUGUACAAGGGAAAGCAUAAAAAGACUGGAGAGAUUGUAGCCAUGAAAAAAAUUCGUUUGGAAAGUGAUGAUGAAGGAAUACCAUCAACAGCAAUUCGUGAAAUUUCUUUACUUAAAGAAUUACCACAUCCCAAUAUUGUUAGACUAAUGGAUGUUUUAAUGGAAGAGACUAGAUUAUAUCUUAUUUUUGAAUAUCUUACUAUGGAUUUAAAAAAAUAUAUGGAUAAUUUAGGUACUGGAAAAUUAAUGGAGCCAAAAAUGGUUAAAUCUUAUUUAUAUCAGAUUACACGUGCUAUUUUAUUCUGCCAUAAACGUAGAAUAUUUCAUCGUGAUCUGAAACCACAAAAUUUAUUGAUUGACAAAUCAGGGUUGAUCAAAGUAGCAGAUUUUGGACUUGGAAGAGCAUUUGGAAUACCAGUUAGAGUAUAUACACAUGAAGUAGUCACUUUAUGGUAUAGAGCUCCAGAAAUUCUUCUUGGUGCCAAUAGAUAUUCAUGUGCCAUUGAUAUCUGGAGCAUAGGUUGUAUAUUUGCUGAAAUGGCAACCAAAAAACCAUUAUUCCAAGGAGAUAGUGAAAUUGAUCAAUUAUUUAGAAUAUUUCGGAUAUUAAGAACUCCUACAGAAGAAAUAUGGCCUGGUGUAACACAGUUAUCAGAUUAUAAGGCCACAUUUCCAAAUUGGAUAACUAAUAACUUAGAAUCACAAGUUAAAACAUUAGAUAAUGAUGGGCUUGAUCUUUUGCAAAUGAUGCUUAUUUAUGAUCCUGUGCAUAGAAUAUCGGCACGAGCUGCUUUAAAACAUCCUUAUUUUAACGAUUUGGAUAUUUCUAAAUUGCCGCCGGAAUAAUGCAGAAAAACAAAACGAAUGGAUAAGUGUAUGGAAUGGAUAAGUGUACACAGAUAUUAUGACUACAUAAAUUAUGUCUCAGGGUAUAUUGAAAUAUUAAAUUAUUCAUACAUACAAAAGCAAACAUUUAAUGUUUUUU